AUGCUAUUGAACGUCGGUGUUUACGACCUGUACCAUCUCUCCUUUUCCCGGGAUGCAACCCGGGUAAAGGCUCUUGUAUACAUCACAUUCAUUCUCGAGACACUACAAACCCUGCUAAGCACAAAGACGAUAUUUGACGCUUUCGUGUAUGGGUUCCUCGCACCCAACUUGUCUUCAUUGGAUCACAUCGGCAAUCUAUGGUUCGUUGUCCCAAUCCUUGGAGGAUCAGUUGCCUGUAUAUCACAGACAUUCUACGCCUACCGCAUCACCGUCAUUGGGAGGUACUUCAAAGGCGCAAAAUAUGCAGCAGGAAUCAUUGCUCUGCUUGCACUUGCACAAAUGGCUGGGGCAAUCGCAAUUGGCGUGGAGAUGUUCCAAGCCAAACUAUUCAGUCGCUUCGUGGACUCGAAAGUAAAGUUGACGGUUGGUUUCUGGAAUGGCGGAGGAGCUCUGUGCGACAUAAUCAUUGCCAUCAGCAUGACCUACCUCCUACUUUCUUCUAGCAACAACGGGAUACAAGACACAAGACAAAUUGUGCAGCGCCUUGUACGCCUCACAAUAGAAACAGGGUCACUGACAGCUUGUAUCGCCAUCCUCAACAUCGUUUUAACGAUGCUUCCAGGGGAGCCGACGUACUACCAAACAACCGCCAACGUGCUCUCCAAGAUGUAUGCAAACACCAUGCUGGUUGUCCUCAACAGUAGAAUGCGUUUCGGUCAAGGAUAUCAAGGGUCACAAGCCGAAGGUUUUAGGUAUAAUGAAUCGAAUUCGACGCAGUUGAUCUUUUCAAAUACCGGUAAGGACAUGUGGCAUAGUGUUGAGUUGAGCACGUAG